UCGUAAGAAAUUUGCUAAAUAUUGGCUGAACGUAAUGCUUUUCGGAUUAUUUAUAUUUAAUAAAUAUUGUUAACAUAGGUUAGCAAUUAUAAGCAUCGCGUGUGACAAAUAAAGGCACAAAGGACACCUUAUAGACACCUAGGAACAACGAAUUAAAAUGGUAAAAGCAGCUCCUGGUGCUGCGGGCCCCAAGGAGGGAGGCAAAUAUGAUUUAACCAAAUUGUCGGCACGCGUGGAUCGUGUCAAUGUCAGUGGCCUGCUGCGCACCCACAACGACUAUGUGCAACGUGCCGCCGAUGGUCUGUUCAAGGCAAAUAACUUUCAGGAGCUAAUGCUGGAGGCCAUGGCAACCAGAUCGUAUCUGCACGAGCUGGGCAUCUUUAAGGAUGUGAGCGUGCACAUUGAUAUUAGUCGAGGAGCAGACGCCUCGCCACAGGGCUACGAGGUGACCUUCAAGGGCAACGAGUACUCACGCAUUAUGGGCACAGCGGGCACUGAGAUCGGACAGAACGAGGGCUCCCUGCGCACCGAGCUAACCAUACCCAAUGUACUGGGACGUGGCGAGAGCAUUUCACUGCAAGGCAGCUACACUAGCACCAGGGCACACGACUUGCAGCUCAAGUUCUGGAAGCCAUUCUUUCACACACGCUUUCGCGAAAAUCGACCAGAAAUGUCAUUUAGUCUGUUUCGGCAAACGGAUCGCUUUGACCUGAGCUCCUUUCAGACUACAAAUCUGGGCUAUUUAGUGGACUUUAGUGCACACACCAUGCUGGGCGUGGAUCUAACGCAUUCGCUGCAGUAUGAGAAUUCGAUUAGGGAAUUGGGCCUGCUUAACAAGUCGGUGCCAUUCGCCAUACGUAACCAUUGCGGACCCAAGUUGGCAUCGCUCUUGCGUUACUCGCUCAUCUUUGACAAUCGCGAUGCGAGUGUGUUUCCCACGCGCGGCAUGCUGCUCAAAUCGGUCAACGAGUAUUGCGGCCUAGGUGGCAACAUUGCCUACAAAAGCAGCACGGCGCAUGGCGAGGUGAACGUGCCGCUCUUUGCGGGCUUUGUGGCUCAGUUUUGUGCACGCGUCGGCAUCAUGGAGGAGACCAAAAAUACCACAAGGCUGCCCAUAAGCAAUCUGUUCUAUUGCGGCGGACCCUUGACGCUGCGUGGCUUCAAAUACGGCGGCGCAGGACCCGUUGAGGAGGGCACACCCAUUGGCGCGCAGACUUUCUGGUGCACGGGCGCACAUCUGUGGACUCCGCUGCCAUUCGCGGGCGUCUUCAAGGGGCUCGCCAGCAAUUUCCGCAUGCAUUUCUUCUACAACAUGGGCAAUUGCAAUAGCUUUUCAACGGAGAACAUGCGCAGCACUGUGGGCAUGGGACUUGCCGUCAAGCUGGCGGAGCGUGCACGCAUCGAGUUGAACUAUUGCAUACCACUGCGUAAACAGUACACAGACAAGGUCAUCAAUGGCUUUCAAUUUGGCAUUGGCUAUGAGUUCGUCUAAGCUGUAGCUACUACACGCGUGUACUUAGUCCUAGAUCCAAGCGAUUGAAAGAAAACCCCAGCGGUGUCCCAACACAAAUCGAAAGAAAGUUACAGUCACAGCCUAAUAUAUUUUUGAUCCUGCCACUGUUCACAUUUCUUUUGAAACUACGAGAAUCCUGUUGUAUUUUAAUUGUCAAUGCAUUUUAUUAACUAAAAUUUAUUUGUAAAAAGAGCACACUAACAAUUUACCUUAGUACUAGUCAUAAGGCGUGUAUAUAAACAA